GCUUUGAGCUUUGGUGUACAGCAGAACUGGGGGAGGGGAGGAACUAGUCCCUUCUGUUGAUUACCUGUAGCUGUGGGGUAAAUCUCAUAAAGUUACGUCAUAUCUUGCGGAAUUCACAGCAGAGACCACUGAGACGGCCAACAUGAAGUUCUGGGAGAGGCAAACCUUCGUCUUCCUAAUGUCUGUUUUAUGUCUCUGUGUAGCUGCAGACCUACAUGCACCUGAAGUCCACACAAAACUCGGGAGCCUGAGAGGUGAGUAUGUGAGUGUAAAGGACACAGAGACCGGAGUCCAUGCCUAUCUGGGUAUCCCAUUUGCCAAGCCACCCGUAGGCCCCGCUCUAAGACUUUCUGCACCUCAGCCUGUGGAGGGAUGGGAAGGAAUGAGAGAUGCCACCAAGCAGCCGCCCAUGUGUGUUCAGCCUAAAGAGCUUCUUGUAGAUCUGCUUGAGAAACUCAGUGGCAUGUUGGCAGAUGUUCCAGACAUUUCAGAAGAUUGCCUUUACCUCAAUAUCUACACUCCUGCAAACAGAGCUCACGAUGCCAAGCUCCCAGUCAUGGUCUGGAUCCAUGGUGGAGGGUUUACCUUGGGGUCAGCCUCAACAUAUGAUGGCUCUGCCCUGGCUGCUUACCAGAAUGUGGUUGUGGUUUUGAUCCAGUACCGCCUGGGACCUCUGGGCUUUCUCAGCACUGGCGAUGAGCACAUGUCCGGGAACUUUGGACUGCUGGAUCAGGUACAAGCUCUGAGGUGGAUCCAGCAGCACAUUCACAACUUCGGUGGAAACCCAGAUUUAGUCACGAUAUUUGGGGAGUCCGCUGGUGGAGUGAGCGUAUCCCUCCUGCUUCUCUCACCACUGUCUGAUGGCCUGUUUCACCAUGCCAUUGCUGAGAGUGGCACUGCUGCAAUGGAUGUUCUUGUAGUAAAUGAUCCUCUACCAGUGACACAGAUAGUAGCAAACAUAUCUGGCUGUAGCCUGGAAAGCACAGAGAAGAUUGCCCACUGCAUGAAAAACAUUGAUAUUGAAACAAUUGUGGCAGUUGGGAAGGAUGAAAAAUUGAGGUAUCCUGUAAAUGUUGACGGACACUUCCUGCUGAAACCUGUGGAUGAGCUGUUCCGUGACCGUGCACUUCUCACUGUACCAUUCAUGACCGGUGUUAAUGAUGAUGAAGGGGGCUGGUUACUCACUAAUUACUUCUCUCCUCCAAACUGGACAGAGGGAGUGGAUCGGGAGCAUGUUGUGAACAUGCUGUACAUGUUCUACUCUGAUCCCAAGGAUGGAAUCAUCAGAGACCUGAUAACAGGUGAAUAUAUUGGAACUGGCGAAGAUCGUGUGAAAAACAGAGAUGGGUUCACUGAGAUAAUUGGAGAUUUGUUUUUUACCAUCCCAGCCAUCAAGACCGCUAAUGCCCACAGAGAUGCAGGCGCCCCUGUGUACCUGUAUGAGUACCAGCAUCCUCCCUUGUUCCUGCAGGCGAAAAGGCCAAGCUUUGUUGGGAGCGACCAUGGAGAUGAAAUCUUUACAGUAUUGGGAUUAUGUUUCACAACUACCCAUGUCAAAUUAGCUGACGCGUGCCCUGAAGAGGAGCAACAGUUCAGCAAAACCGUAAUGAGCUACUGGGGCAACUUUGCUCGCACAGGGUCUCCUAAUGGAGACGGCCUUGUCCACUGGCCAAAGUAUGGAGUAGAAGAGGAAUACCUGGCAAUUGGUUUGAAGGAGCAGGUGGCUGGUCAGCACCUGAAGAAGGAGCGGUUUGUCUUCAUGACUCAGACCAUCCCGGAAAAGGUCCGACAGCAUGAAGAGAAGAAGGAGCGCAGCGAGCUGUAGAAAAGUCAGCUCUCCCUCCCCCAUUCCAUCAGUUUUAUCAAUAAUGAUGAUAUUUUAACCAACUGAAAUACAUUUGUAGCACUACUGUGGGCCUUAUGAACCUUAAUGAAAUGUGGAAAGGAAAUGUGAGUUUUCAAAAUGUAACCUCAGCAGAUUUUUAAAUUCCUCAGUUGAAGAGUGUGUGUAGUAAAAUUGGGUGAAUACUUUUUAUAGUCACUGUGUACUGUAUAUUAAACAUCAGUUUGAAUCUAGGGUAGGGAUAGCCCCUAAGAUUUCCUCUGUAAAAUCCAAAAAUUGAAAAGGAAGCAUCUAGAAGGGAACUAAAAGUUAUGGGAUACUCCUACUGUGUUUGCCCACGCACUUAUUACCUCCUUCAUGAUCUAGAUUUUAAUAAAAAAUAAAAAUCUUUCGAAACUG